AUGUCGCCCAUCACUCGUCCAACCGCCGAGAGGCAGGACAGCACGCUGCCUGCCCACCUCCGUGAAGACGUCACGAGCAUUCCAGUCACUCCAACUGUCAGCAACGAGGCCUACGUACCCCCAAGCACAGGCUCGGCACUCACGCGCGACCCGCCCACCCACGUCCUCGAAGCCAUUGGCGCUGCCGGACAACAAGAGUAUUUCUCGGAUCGACCGGGGCCAUCGACGGACCCGAACUCAGCUCAACGAGCCACCGAUGGAGCCAAGAAUGGAGAAGACAUUCUCCGCCGUCUGAGUCUCACUGGACCGACUUCCACGACCGACUAUGAUAGUAUCGACCCUCGCACCGCUCACCCUAGCUUGGGCCUGACUGGCAACAUCAUCAGCGCAAAUUUUGCCGUGCCCUACAAGGUCGGCUACACCACUUCAGGGGAAUGGGAGCUCCAGCAGAGAAGAGGUACAUCCGCUCUCUUCGACUCGUUCUCGUGGCUCGCGUCCGAGAAGUCUCCUUGGAAGCACACCCUAGUCGGCUGGACUGGAGAAAUUGAUCGAGUGAUCCGCCGUAAGGAUGACGAUCAUUCUGCAGGGACCAAUGGAAUCACUUCGAUGGACUCGGUCCCACUCAGCAAGCAGUCCGCUCCCAUACCAGUCAACAAGGGCGAGAAAUCUCCGCAGCCAACCGAACUCUCGGAAUUGCAUGUGCCCUUGGCCGACAGACGCAAGCUCGAGAGGAAGCUCGCGGCGGAAUCUGGCGGCCAUGUCUCUCCUGUCUGGUUGUGGGACGACAUUGACGACAACGAAGUAGCAACCUUCCGGAACCAAGCUCGAUGGAGGCGGUACGCAGAACACGAGCUAUUCACGUUGUUCCACUACAAGCAGAAUGAGCCCAGCGACGGUCGAGCUCUUCGGAAGACUUGGGCGGACUAUUGCCUGCUCAACAAGACUUUCGCAGAUCACAUUGUCAGCAUCUACACUCCUGGCGACAUCAUCCUGAUUCACGACUAUCACCUGCUGCUUCUGCCAAGCUUGUUGAGGCAACGCCUGCCAAACGUCUACAUUGGCUUCUUCCUACACGUACCGUUCCCCAGUAGUGAAUACUACAGGUGCCUGACUCGCCGCAAGGAAAUACUUGAGGGAGUUCUUGGCUCCAACAUGAUUGGCUUCCAGGCAUACAGUUAUGCUCGCCACUUCUCCUCUUGCUGCACGCGCAUCCUUUCAUUUGCAUCUUCAUCUGCCGGCGUGGAUGCAUACGGAGCUCAUGUGCCAGUGGAUGUGUUCCCCAUCGGAAUCAACGCGGAAGCCACGAUCAAGGCUGCGUUCGAGUCUCCCGGGGUCGAAACCAAAAUACAAUCGCUUCGCGAACAGUACCACGGGAAGCAGAUCAUCGUCGGGCGCGAUCGUCUUGACACAGUCCGAGGUGUUGCACAAAAGCUGCAAGCGUUCGAGAUAUUUCUUGAACGCCAUCCGGACAUGCACGACAAGGUUGUCCUCAUCCAGGUCACGAGCCCCACUAGCAUUGAGGAUCGCGAUGACAAAGGUGACAAGACUGCCAACAAGAUCUCUGAGUUGGUCGCGAGAAUCAACGGAACGUAUGGAUCGUUGAGUUUCACGCCAGUUCAGCACUAUCCCCAGUAUCUCUCAGAGGAAGAGUAUUUCGCAUUGCUUCGUAUUGCCGACCUGGGCUUGAUCACGAGUGUCCGCGAUGGCAUGAACACGACAGCUCUCGAAUACGUUGCUUGUCAGCGCGACAACCACGGUCCUCUGAUAAUCUCUGAGUUCUCUGGUACGGCUGGCAGUCUGGCUGAUGCCAUUCACAUCAACCCAUGGGAUCUUGGAGGCACGGCGGACGAGAUUUACGCCGCGUUGCAAAUGGGUCGAGAGGAGCGAGAGCAGAAGCACCAACUGCUGAAUCAGCAUGUGACAACCAACACGGUGCAAUACUGGACCUCGAGCUACAUCAAGCGUCUGCUGACGAACCUUGCUUCUUACGAUCAAUCAUUCGUAACCCCAGUUCUCGACCGCGCAAAGCUGUUGCAACGGUAUCGCAAUUCAUCAAGACGUCUGUUCAUGUUCGAUUAUGACGGUACCCUGACACCAAUCGUCAAUGACCCGAACUCAGCGAUCCCAUCAGAUAGAGUCAUCCGAUCGCUGAAGACACUUGCUUCGGACCCUAAGAAUCAGGUCUGGAUUAUCAGCGGCCGCGACCAACAAUUUCUCGACGAAUGGAUGGGACACAUUCCCGAGCUCGGUCUGUCUGCUGAGCACGGAGCAUUCAUGCGACCACCGAACUCGAACAAUUGGGAGAACUUGACCAAAACGCUGGACAUGUCGUGGCAGGAAGAUGUUAUGAAGGUCUUCACUCGCUACUCGGAACAGACACAGGGAAGUUUCAUCGAACGCAAGAAGAUCGCGGUGACCUGGCACUACCGGCGUGCGGAUCCAGAGCUUGGACCGUAUCGCGCUCGGGAGUGCCAGAGGUAUCUGCAGCAAACAGUGGCGAGGGAAUACGAGGUCGAAGUCAUGACCGGAAAAGCGAACUUGGAAGUGCGGCCUCGCUUUGUCAACAAGGGCGAGAUUGCGAGGCGUCUGGUUAUAGAGUACGGCAUGGAACCAUCAAAGGCUCCGGACUUCGUACUCUGUGCUGGGGACGACUUCACUGAUGAAGAUAUGUUCCGCUCGCUCGGCCAGUCUCAUUUGCCGCAAGAUCAUCGCUUCGCAGUCACCGUAGGUGCAAAGACCAAGCAGACGCUCGCAUCAUGGCAUCUGCUCGAGCCUGCAGAUGUCAUCUCGUGCAUCGCGUUGCUCAAUGGCAGUGCCGACGGCGGAAAUGUGGGAGCAGUGGCCGCUCUGGAUGCUUCCAUCACCUCCAUGCAAUGCCAUCGACUGGCACUGCGCGCCGUUUGCCGUGCGAGUAACGCUUACGACCCAUCGCGAGCACUUCGCUCUGCUUUUGGAACCGCCACGCCACGAAGAGAACACAAUGAUCGCAUUCCGUCUGCAUGGGAGCCAACUGAAUGGGAAGAAUUGCCAGAUACUGUGCGGCAGCAGGAAACUGCAGGUGUGAAAGAUGCAGAGCCCAACACUGAACACGAAGACUCGCCGACAGCCUCCGCCGAGGCUACAAAGACGACAUCGAAACAAGAUGCGCGGGCAACAAGUGGGGAGCGCAAACACAUGCAAAUAGUGCGACGCAUAAAGACGCGAGCACAGGGCAAUGAAGCAGCAAAAACGGAGGUGACCUCUCUCCAACAAUACGUGCGAGGGAUAUUGCGGCGCCAAGUUGCUCGAGCAGAGGCAUUCCCGCCAAGCGGGCGAGGUGAUGUACCAUCCGCAGCCAUGUCCGAUGAACGGCUCUGGCUUCCACACCUGAACGGGAAAUUGUUUGUUGGGGCGGAUAAGUGGCAGCCCGAAAUAGUCAAUUUGGCCUUGCUUAAUCGACGACUGCACGAGGACAAGCGUUACACAGAGGAAUGGUCUCCUCACGAAAAAGGGCAAAUUGGAGCCGCAUUCGACUAUCGGCCGAGGGUUGUGCAGCCUCGCACGCCUGUCAUAGGAGAAGACGUAUCACCUCCCGCGCCAUGGGAGACAGCUCCAAAAGGGAGGCGAGAAGGGAAUCUUCGUGGUAUUGCGUAUGCUGAACACGAGUUCGAGAAAGCGAUCGCGCGGUUUGUCAACUAUAUGAAGCCCACUCCACUAGAAACAUUCGCACGGAAGACUGCCGCCAAGGAGGUCAUGUCUUUUAUCCAGGAGACAUUGCGCGGACACCAAAACAUUGCAGCUGAGCUUCAAGGCUCCGAGAAAACCGGGUUGGCCAUGCCAACCUCAGACAUUGACAUCCGAGUUUGGGAGCAGUCAGACGAAGAAGUCCCCUAUAGGGCGAAACCAUAUGUCCUGGGCAAAAGGAUAUUGAAAUCUAUGAGACCACUCGAAUACGCUUUGAGAAAACACCCAGAAAGAUUCGUGCUGGUGACAUUCCGUGACGGCCUCCACCCGAUCAUCAAUUUCCAGCAUCGACCAUCUGGCCUCGAUUUCCAGAUUGUAGCAGGCAGGCCUUCAUAUCUCCAAGAAGAUGCCGUCGCAAAGUAUCUUUCAGAGAUACCUCAGCUGCGUGCUCUAUUUACUGUCGUCCGUACCUUUUUCGACGUCAGAGGCCUGCUGCCCGUGUAUUCCGGCGGUAUUGGCUCAUACGGCUGUUUCGUCAUGCUCAUACCACCAAUAUUGCGCGCAAAAAAGACACUGUCGGCUCCUGUCCUCGGUUUACUGCGCCGCGUCUUCGCUUUUUACCGUCCGUGCAACGUGGUCGAUCCCACCAAUUACGGAGUAUCCUGCUUUCCACGCCAGAUCUUCAAGAAGCAUGACCCGGACCAUGUAUACGACCUAUUCGCGCGUUACGCCGAGCGAAGAGGGGAUCCAAUCCGAGCUGGACAAUGGCGGAUAGGCCAACGUAGAAAAUACCUGCCAUACCUGCUUACGUUGCAGGACCCAGCGAACCCAAAUAAUGAUUUGGGUGCCCGCACGUAUGCCAUCAAACACAUCCUAGCCACGUUCAUGAGAGCGCGAAGGGAUUUGCGGCGUUGGAAAGUGAGGAUGGCACGCGAUCCUCAGACACCAUAUGAGCCGUUCCUUGAACAGCUUGUUGGACGUCCGGAUCUCCUGUAUCGGGAGCAGCGGCAGGCACUCGAAGAGUAUGGACGAGCGGUUAAGGAUGGCAAAGAGCCCUCCUACUUGACUGAAGAUGAGGCCGCCCAGCUUCUGCACGGUCACGGGUUUGGCGAUGGUCAUAAGGGCGCACUGAUUAGGAAAGUGUGGGAGUGAAAUUCAAAUCGAUACGGAUGCAGCAGUGGGCGCCAUUCUCAGGAGCAGGAUCAUACAUUCUAUGAGAAGAGCGGCAUCAGAUAUAAGUAGCUUGGGAUGUUUGCCCCGGGGAGCAGGCACGCAACAAGUCAGUCGGUCGAACACAAGACCGUGAAGUUUGGUCCUGUUUCGUUACUCCACAAUUCGUCUGCCAGCCACCGUGUUUAGCCACGACGGACCAACCCCAAACUCCACCCAAAC